CGCGGGUAUUUAACGCGCGGACCACGACCGCAGUCGUCAGUCGUCGUAGGUUCGCUGCGCAAGAUCCUCCGCGUCCAUCCAGGGAGUCGUCAGUCGCCUUCCCUCCAUCUCUCUCUCUCUUGAUCAGCCGCGGGAGCGCGAGUCGCCUCCUCGCUGUGCGGCUGCUGUCGCUGCGCUCCUCGGGGUCACGCGCGGCGGAAUCUCGGCGCGGUCACGAGCCCCGUGCGUAAAGUGACAACCACAUCGGCCACAGUCAUCACCGUCACCAUCAUCAUCAUCAUCGACAUCAUCGAUACCGAGGCGCUCCAACGACAUCGACGAACAUCGGCGACGUCAACUCCAUCAUCAUCAUCAUCGACACGCUUACAGAUGCGUGUCUUACGAUAAGAAUGAUGUAAAUGUUAUAUUCGUAUGAGACAUCGAUAUAACCGCUAUAUAAUUAUAAUAACGACGAGAGCCGCAUCAUUUUAAAAGUGGAUAACCGCGGACGCCGGAAUAUAAAAGAAAGAGCACAUAUAGAUAAUCAUCGAUCUAACGGGCAGACACGCGCGCUGACGCUCACGCUCUCGACUCCGCAUGUGCGCGCUGCCUGUCGCAGGCUUCGUGGCUCGCACGCAUUCGUGGGGAACUCUCUCUGCCCUCACCCGAACCUCACCACACCGCUACCCUAGCCAUCACCAAGAACGAGACAUCACCACAAUCAGCACCGCGUUAUCAAUAUAACCACGGCCAGCUACACCUCAUGACCAACGAAAUCACAAUCGAUACCUCAUCGGCCAGAUCACCAUAACCAACUCACCGUCACCGACAAAACCUCCACGGCCACUAAAGACCCGACGAGCCUCCCCACUGACCCUCGUAAACCUUGGGAGGGGGGUGGGGGUCCUAACCAUCAGCGGCGCUCGUGUCAUCUCGUCGUGCGGACCGCCCGCUACCGAGAGCCGAUCCUCACACUCGCUAUCUAGAGGGACACUCAAGGGAGCUUCCAGAAGCCGAGAGACACACAGAGAGAGAGACGCAAACAGCAGCAGCAGGAGCCAGCAGCAGAGCCAGCAGCAGGAGUCAACGGCAAGGAUGGACGACGGAGACUUCCACUCCCGCGGCGCGUUCGGCGUGUGGGACUACGUGGUGUUCGCUGCCAUGCUGCUCGUGUCCACCGCCAUCGGCGUCUACUACGCCGUCUUCGACCGCUCGCAGCAGACCGCGGGCGGCUUCCUGGUGGGAGGCCGCCAGAUGUCGGCAGCCCCCGUGGCGCUGUCCCUCACGGCGAGCUUCAUGUCCGGGGUCACGGUGCUGGGCACGCCGGCCGAGAUCUACCGCUUCGGGGCGAUCUUCUCAUGCUUCUCGUUCACCUACCUGCUGGUGGUGCUCGCCACCGCCGAGGGAUUCCUGCCGGUCUUCUACCGCCUCGGGGUCACCAGCACAUACGAGUACCUGGAGAUGCGGUUCGGUCAGUCGGUUCGUCUCUGCGCCACCGCGAUGUACAUCGUGCAGACGAUCCUCUACACGGGCAUUGUGAUUUACGCACCGGCUCUCGCGUUAAACCAAGUGACCGGCUUCAACCUCUGGGGGGCGGUGGUGGCGACGGGAGCCGUGUGCACUCUCUACUGCACCCUGGGCGGCCUCAAGGCGGUGGUGUGGACGGACGUGUUCCAGUGCGGCGUGAUGGUCGCCGGCUUCAUAGCCGUCAUCGUGCAGGGCACAAACCUGGCCGGAGGGAUCAACGUCGUGUGGGAGCAGGCGGCCAACGGGAGCCGACUCAACUUCUGGGAUUUCGACCCGGACCCGCUGCGCCGCCACACAUUCUGGACGAUCCUGGCGGGCGGGUGGUUCACGUGGCUCGCCGUGUACGGCGUCAACCAGUCGCAGGUGCAGCGCUACAUCGCCUGCCGCUCCAUGGUGCAGGCCAAGCUGGCUCUCUAUUUAAACCUGGUGGGGCUGGUGUUGAUCCUGUGGUGCGUGGUUCUGUGCGGCCUCCUCAUCCACUCCUUCUACAAGGACUGCGACCCCUUCACCAAUGGAGAGAUCAGCGCCCCCGAUCAGGUGCUGCCCUACCUGGUGGUCAACUUGUUCCGGGGAUACCCCGGGCUGCCCGGUCUCUUCGUGGCUGCUGCUUACAGCGGGACGCUCAGCACGGUGUCGUCCAGCAUCAACGCCCUGGCCACCGUGACGCUGGAGGACAUUCUGAGGCCUCGGCUGCCCUUCCUGCGCGGAGCCUCCGAGAGGAAGCUCUCGUGGACCUCCAAGGGCCUGAGUGUGUUCUUCGGAGGCGUCUGCAUCGUGAUGUCCUUGGUGGCGUCGCUGUUGGGGAACGUGCUGCAGGCCGCGCUAAGCAUCCUGGGCAUGAUGGGAGGGCCCUUGCUCGGACUCUUCAUUCUCGGAAUUUAUUUCCCGUGGGCCAACGAGUUGGGUGCGCUGGCUGGGCUCUUCGUGGGGCUGUUUCUGUCCCUCUGGGUGGGCAUCGGUGCCCAGCUCUACCCGGCCCUGCCCAUCAAGACUCGACCUCUACCCCUGACCACGGCGGGAUGCAACGUGAUGAGCAACUACACCACAACCAUAUUCACCCCUACGGGAGUCACCCCGACGGGAUUCACCCCGACGGGAUUCACCCCGACGGGAUUCACCCCGACGGUGGCCGACGUUGCAGAAAUGCGGCCGACCAUCGCCGAUGAGUGGUACUCCAUCUCCUACCUCUACUACAGCGCCGUGGGCUGCAUUGGAGUGGUCGUCGCCGGUUUCAUCGUCAGCAUCAUCUCAAGUCGUGGGCGGGUGCGCCCCGUCAACUCGCGUCUCAUCCACCCGCUCGUCCAAACCCUGCUGCGCCUGCUGCGUGUCCACAGCCUCACAUACACGGACGAGGAGGAGGGCACGGAUAAGGAAGAUGCGAAUGGAUUUGCGGAAAAAGACGGCAUCCCCCCAGCGGACAUCGCCCUCCACAGCACCAAGCUGUGACGGACGUCCAUCACAGUUCGCAUAUGGGGGCGCUCCAAAUGUUGUCUUUAUGUUUUUACUUUUGACAACGAUUCUUCCAAAAGGUGACGUCCUAACGAGCUCCAUCGCCGGCAUUGUUUUGCUGUUGUGUCCGGGUGUCCGUAGCAGUAUCAUUCUUAUUUUUUUAUAAUUAGACAGCGAUAUUCGCUAAAUUCGUUAAAAAUACAAAGACAAAGAUCCCCCGUGUAGACUCAACAGCCUGUUGGGGCAAGUGCUGUUAGUGAGCAGCAACAAAUUGAGGCCUGCAGGGCACACACGGGGGCUGGGUGGCCACUUGUCGAGAUGUCGUCACGUGAUUUUCAUAUCGAAGGAAAGAGAACGCGCACGUAAUUAAUGGCGCCUCUUGAACUGUUGAGAAACGCUGAGCGGCGCUAGGGCAGGACGUGUCGCUCGAAAUGGGCUCACGACAGACGGUCACAGAUAACGACGGAGUGGGUACUGACGGAGUGGCAGCCAGAAGGUGGAGCGACAACAUCGGAUAGCGCGAUGGAUCAAUGCGUCAUCGCAGCAGCGUGCGAGGCUAGCAGCGUAGUACCCGUGGCUACACCGCCACGGGAAGGAGAGCAGAGUCGAGGAUGAAAUGAAUGGGAAAAGAUAAAGAGAUGGGGAAGGGAAGAGAGGAGAAGAGAAAGAAAGAAUGGGGAAUAAGAGGAAAGGAUGGGAAAUGAACUGAGAAACGGGAGGAAAGCGGUGAGGAGAGAUGAGAAGAGGGUGGAAGAUGGUGCACGGAGCAGCGUAUGUUUUCGCAGGGGGUGGCUGGGAGAGGGGGGAGGGAUUCAGAGUGGGAAUAGCGGCACAGAAGUCACGUGAUUGACGGGAAGCCUGAGCUGGUUGAGGUACAGCUUGAUGAAGCCAUGAAUGGUGAUGAUGUUGACAAUACAAUAUCCACAUCUCUGAUAACCUCACACACGCCUGGUAUGAGUCUCCCCCGUGGCAUUGGCGGCUCGUCCUAUCGCGGCUUCAGAGCCCCAAGAUGCUCGCCACCACAUCGGGUGCGAUCGUUUUCAUUGGUUGGGCUGACAGCGCUCGAGCCUUGUCGAAUAUACGCAAGCAGAAGGGUACACAGGAGAAGAUGCUGCCAUCGUUUCAACCACACACUUCAACCUGCUGUCUCUCAUCAUAAUUCGUUCAUAUAAGACGAUACCUCUAUGGACACCCGGUGUAAGAUUUAGAUGUGAUUUGUCGUCUUAUUAUGUUUUUCGCUUGUUGGGUUGGAGUCCUGUAAUUCCAUGAAUUGUUGCAAUUCAAAUUUGAAUUCUGGCAACAGCCUGAUUAUGCUGCUUGUAACUUACCAGCGACACGUGGUACGAAAUCGAUACGUGCGUGGAUCGCUCUCAACAACAAUUUGCCGUUAGCGCUGCUGAAGCGGUAAUAUGCCACGCUUGUUCAUCACGUGACGACUUUAUGCAUUGGCUGUGUCGGGUGGAGGAGGGUGUACGACUCAACAUUUUACUCUAUGGGACCUCAUCCUCAAAAAUCAACUGUGAAUCGUGUUGCAAUUCAACGUCAUGAUUGUAUUCAAGAAUCGAUUCAAAUUUUGACAUCGUGGUGAAUGUAACGGCCACUAGUGGCUGCAGAAAGGGGCGGGUGGGGGUUCACUUGAAUCUGCAAACAGGAACAAUGACACACCAAUUAUAACCAACCAUGAGCAGUUCGGCGCACGCAUUUGUGGAGCUUAAAGAUCGACGUUAAUUUACGACUCGAUGCAACAUUUACACCUCUGUCUUUAACCGCAGAAAAUAACAUUGUAAAUAAAAUGUAUAUUGGGUGACAGGCACAUAACGUGCUGCUCUUCGUCGGCGAGCGAUGCAGAACCACGUGGCUUUUGGCUGAGGAAAGCGCCCGUAGAAGUGAUGGGCCAUAAUGGACACCGCACGACUGCAUAUCGCUUCUCUCGCUGGCGCUGUACAGCUCUCCGAUGCGGUUCUUGUAAAAAAAAUUGAAUUGUACCGCGGCGUCGUUGAGCACGAUACAUGUUCGACGUCUCGCUCCACCAACCUGCUGCAGGGCUGUGGGGCGAAACUUCAGACACCGUGCCGAACGACAACGCGGGCACGACCUCGAAAAACACUCGGGCCGAGAGCUGAGGUUCUCCGAUUAUUCGGUUUGAUGAACGAUGUCGUCCUGUUGGUGACACCUUUACUCGACACUCCCCAACAGGACACGUGUGCUUACCUUGUGACAUUACUAAUAGUGCAAUGGGAAUAUCUAAACUAUUUCUAAACUAUAAACAACUACUUUUUUAUUUUAUCAGGUAAAGCCGACUGAGCUGUAGCUCUUUAUCUACGGGGUUGAGCCACAGAUGAUAGCUCAACGAAGUGGCUUGUUACGUGGAAAUGUAUAUCAGCCAAAUACUCUCAAGGCAUAUUUUAAUCAGAAUGGAUGCGGGAUAAGUUGUUUGCAAGGAACCACACACACGCAUCACAUGUGCUAUAGGCUUUGGGGAUACGUGAAGCAAAUACUGUAAGUAAAAGCGCGAUUAUUAUAACCGAGGUUCUCACGAGUGCUUAGAAUGCAUACAUUGUCAGCUCUAUUCAACAGUUGCAUGUUGUACUGAACUGGGUCAAUGUCUGUCAGGAGUCUCGAACAUCGUGCAGCGGCAGUGAGUUCCAGUCUGAUGUACCGCUGAGUAGGUGAGUGUGUGGGUAGGUGAGUUCCAGUCUGAUGUACCGCUGAGUAGGUGAGUGUGUGGGUGAGUAGGUGAGUGUGUGGGUGAGUAGGUGAGUGUGCGGGUAGGCGAGUUCCAGUCUGAUGUACCGCUGAGUAGGUGAGUGUGUGGGUAGGUGAGUUCCAGUCUGAUGUACCGCUGAGUAGGUGAGUGUGUGGGUGAGUAGGUGAGUGUGUGGGUGAGUAGGUGAGUGUGCGGGUAGGCGAGUUCCAGUCUGAUGUACCGCUGAGUAGGUGAGUGUGUGGGUGAGUAGGUGAGUCAGUGGGUAGUUGCAGGCUGAUGGACCGCUGACCGCGAAAUGAUCAGGUCGGAAUGAACUGCCGAGGGCAAUCCAGCUAAAAAUCCACCUGUUGUGCUGCACUUCUAUGCUGCCACAUCUAUACUCACCGCCUUUAACGGACCUGCACUGAUCAGCGUGCAUGGUGAAGUAUGCCUACAUCGCCCCUACGACCCGCUCGGCGUGGGGAGGCCCUCAUCCAGCGGGAACUCGCAACAAGACUGCGCACGCACACGCACCCUCCAAUUGAUGAAGAUGUAUACGUUGUGGGUGAUGAUGCGACAUCUGGCACAAGCUGCCAGCCUCGCGGUGAACUGCCCACGGUGACUGUCCUCGCGAUGAAUGGGGGCCAUGUAAAUUUUAUACUUUUUGUAUAUUGUGCACAACGUGUGUCUUGCUUUUCAAUAAAUGCUGCGCAUCUCA